AUAUAUGAUCCAGGCGUUCUCUAAAGUUUCUCAUCAACUAAUGAAACAUCUCAUCAACAGUUGAAGAUAUAAUAUGAAUAUGGAAGCAAUAACCAAAAUCUUGUUCAUAUCAUUGCUUUUCCUUUCAAGUGCAUUUCUUGCAAGAUCUGGAGAAGUUGAUGAUGAGAGUGAGUUUAGUUACGAUGAAAACGCGGAGAAUGGACCAGCUAACUGGGGCGAUAUUCAUCCAAAUGAAUGGGGCACCUGUAAAAAUGGAACAAUGCAGUCUCCAAUUGAUCUUCUUAACAAAAAUGUUGAAGUUGUAUCUAAUUUAGGAAUACUUCAAAGAUACUACAAACCCUCGAAGGCCACUCUCUUGAACAGAGGCCAUGAUUUAAUGUUGAGAUGGGAUGAUGGAGGAUACUUGAAGAUAAAUGGAAUUCAAUAUCAACUCAAACAAGUUCAUUGGCACACACCUGCCGAACAUACUAUUAAUGGUAAAAGGUUUGAUAUGGAGGGUCAUUUGGUACAUGAAACACAUGAUGGAAAGAAGAUUGCUGUCAUUGGAUUCGUCUACGAGAUUGGAUUAUUGCCUGAUUUGUUUCUAUCCAUAAUAGAGAAGGAUUUAAGAGCUCUUGCUGAUAAAAAAGAUGCAGAAAGACACAUUGGAAUAAUUGAUCCAAAUCUAAUAAAAUUGGACGGCCAAAAUUAUUACAGGUAUAAUGGCUCCCUAACAGUACCACCUUGCACUGAAGAGGUUGUCUGGACUAUUGAUGGAAAGGUUAAAACUGUAACGAGAAGACAAAUGAAACUGCUCCGAGAUGCUGUUCAUGAUGAAUUUGAAACCAACGCUAGACCAAUUCAGCCAUUAAACGGACGUCCUAUCAAAUUCAACAAACCUUGGCCAUUUGCUUAGAGAGUUCUUAUUAAACUCCCCCAAAAUGUAUUUCUAUCUUUCUUUAAUAAAUAGGGAGGGUCCUGCCAAACCCCCCCUCCACUACAAAGGCUUUAUUCCUGUUUAUCUAUUGUACUACUAGUACACGAUGAUAAUAAUUGUAUUUAGAACUAGAAAUAAAUAUGAUAUUAUGAUAAUAUGAUUGUAUCGUGA